UAUGACUACCAGCGUGUGCCCGCCUCCUUGUCUCCUCUGCCCCUGGGACCCAGUCUGGCCAAGCGAUCGCGCUCCUCCUCCCACUCCUCUGGGCACAGACGCAGUCGAGACAGAAACCACUCCAAAAGCUCCAGAGCCCAAUCCUCUAAUUCAACCACAUCCAAGUUGGGCAUGGAGGAGUUGCAGGUGAUUAAAAAGGAGCUGACUCUGAUAAAGACACAGAUCGAUGGGCUGCUUGACAGUCUUGACAGGAUGGACACACAGAGGAAUGACCACAAAGGGUCUCCCCUGAGAGAGGACAGUCCAGCUGGCUCACCAUACGCUCUGUCUGCCAGCAGCCCCGAGCACUCCCUCUCCUCCCUCUCUCCGCCCAGCUCUCGCCAUCGAAUCCACCGAGAGAAACCCGACCAGAGGGAGCUCGAUGAUGACCACCACACGAUGAGCAACCACAGCUCUGACCUUGAGGAGGAAAUAUGAGGGAGGAACAUGAGAAGACACAGAAGACAUGGAUUAAGUGCCAAACAUGGAGGAAGAGAACAACAACGCCCAAGCAAACGCUCAUAUCAGAGGCUCAACUCCCUUCCAACAGGGUGUACAUAUCAGACAACACAAUACAUUUAAUUGCAUCAUAGCAGCUUGGUUUCUUUUACUUUUGAGAAAAACUAAAGCGCUGACAGAGUUGACUAAUACAAACUGAGUACAUGCACUGAUUCACUAGUAUGUAAGGACAGUGUGUAUUUCACUUUGUAUGCUCUAGCAGCAGCAGGCAUUUCUAAUAAUUUGUAUAAGAGGGUUUGCACCAACACAUAUUCCAGUAUUAAUCCAAAUAAUACAGUGUUACUCCAAAUGAGACAAUAGGGUUUUUCUGAUUAAAACUUUGUUUAAGCAGCUUACCACCUUCGUUUAAACCAGGCAGCUUUCCAUUAUCAGACUGUACAUACAAAAAGCAUUAUGUUUCUGUUAGAGGUACUACAAUGGUUCUGCUGUUUCACCAGUUUCUCCCAAAAACGGAUUUCUUACAUCUUGAAUUAGCUGGAAUACAAACAAUAUAGAACCCGAAAUAUGAAUGCAGCACAGAGGUUAUAAACCAUGUAAAAAGAUUACAUUAUUAUGAUUUUCAGAAUGAUGGGUAUAUCUAGAAAAUGUUGUGCAUGUACUGAGAAAUGAAAAGCUCUUCUGUGAUGUAAAAGCAAAAGAAAACACUGUCAAAUUUGAUAUUUCAAGAGUGCUUUUUGUUAAUGCUAACCCUUUUUCUCUUUGUUGUAUUCUUCUGAGAAAUCAGAAUUGAACUAGUCAAAGUAAAUCACAGUAAUACUUGAGGGAUGAUCAAACUGAUCAUGCAGGAGAGAAACUGGUUGCUUUCUGGUUAAGAGUAUCAGAAUACAUACUUCUGUAAACCAAUGUCUUUUGUGUACUUCAAACUUAUUAGAUGAGUAUUACAACUAUUUUCCACCAUGUAUUUGGCACUUUUAAGACAUGCAAAGGCCCAGGUCUGUGUCUAAUAUUGUGUAUUAUUGUAAACUUUAAUGUAAUUGUUGAACCGUCUGAUUUUAUUCUUGUUUUAGGACUCCUCAUGUUUUUUUUAAAGGAAAACAAUCAUGUUAUUCUUAUGGUGUUACAUGUUUUUGUUUGCAUUCUUAAGAUAAGCCAAGUGAAAAUACUCAUUGUCACGGUAGUAAAAGUAUUUUCAUAUUGAGUAUAAGUACAGUAGAUGGGAGUGUGUUUUUAUUCUGAUGAACCAAGGGCGACACAUAGUAAAAAAGGGAUGGAGAAACAAACAAAAUCAAAACAAAGUUUUCUUUAAUUGGUCAUUAUUUACAUAAAAAAAUGCUGAAAGCUUCAAAAUGUGACCGCUAAAAGUGUGCAACUAAUCCAAAUUGUAAAAGUAAUUCGAAAGAAUUGAUUCUAUACUAUAUUCCACACUAAACAGAGGAAAGCUGGUGUGUGUUGUAUUGAAGGCUGCUGAUGGUAUAACAUAUGGUUUAUGGCAUUUUUCUUUUCGAAAAUAUUGAACAAUCCUCCCAGUAUAGGCUAUAGGCUACUCUCUUUAACAGCACAUGAGAUCCUGCUAUAAGAUACAUAAUAAAACUAAAAUAAAUAUUCAAAUCAGAUCAGGAAAAUAAGUUUGAAUUAGGUUCCAAGUUAAUUGUUAAGACUAAUAUAAGCUACUGAUGUAAAACUUAGCCUAUGUUCAAUUUGCUGAUGAAGCCCAUUGGCUAUGGUAGAAAUGCGUCUCAAUAGUAAAUACUUUCAGUUCUGGAUAUUACCUCACAACUGUAGGCCUACUAUACAAAUCCGGUAUAUGCGCAUGUCGCAGGACUAAUAAAUCAAACCUGGCUGCCUGCGAAGUGAAGCUUGGAACCUACCUGUCUGCCCACCUGCGCGCGACCUGCCCGUGCACUCAUGCGCGUCACCGGAGUCUAGCACAGGCUGGUAGCUUAACAGCAGUGAGUAGCCUUCUAACAUUAGCCAUGUUGUUUACGUUCACUCCAAAGUCUAAACUGUGUACGUUACUGAUAUAGUUCUGGGAAACGGCUUUGAAGGGAGUUCCUGAAGGGACGUUGUGUCAGUGUAGUUUUCUGUUAAUUUCUCGCUUUAGCGUCUUUUGGAGCUAUUGCGGCUAUAUCAUUUCAAAAGAGUUGGCAACAUGUUAUUAUUACAAAUCUUACCGACUAUAGACUUUCAAACAGUCUUAUCUUUGGAUUAAAAUCAUUGACUAUUCCACAACUCGGUUCAUUGAAUUACAGGAAGUGGUUUCAAAGCAGAACUAUUUCAUGAGUCUCAUUUCUUCUUCUUUUUAACAGAGCUUCAGAGAGAGGAGUACACAGCUGUUAGGGAAUUCACUAGUGGAAUUCAACCAGGAAGUUGAAGGUUGUGUUUUCAGGGUUUAUUAACCUAGCAGUCAAACAUCAAUGUUAAGAAAUAAAAAUACUAUGUUUCUUUGAAUUCCAGUAGCUGUGCUUGUCUGCAUUUACUUCGCCCUCUGAGCAUUUGGAUCAUCCAUUUCCACUUAGUUCAAAGUGCUGAAAGCAAAGUGUGACAAAAAGAGCUCUUGCACAACCAGUCGUCUGUUGACAAAAAGAUAAGCACACGAGUACGGAAUGUCAUGCCGAAAAGGACAGGGUGCAGAACUGCAUGAAGGCAAUGUGACAAACAUCUGAUGCCUUUUAAUUUACCAUAAAAUUACAAUUUGGUUGACUAAAACUGCUGUGCUAGUUUGGAUUUCAUUCAUCAGUGCACAUGAGUGUGUCCAGGCUGCAGCAACUCAAGGGUCAUAUUUUUCCUGAAAAUAAGAUCACAGCAAUGGCAGCCCCUAGUCCUCUGAGCACCCAUGUGCUGAACACAGCGAUGGGUGUCCCUGGCUCAAACAUGGCCCUCAAUCUCUAUCGACAAGACCCCACCACUAAUACCUGGAGUUUGCUGACCUCUGGGACCACUAAUGCUGAAGGACGCUGCCCUGGACUCAUUACAAAAGAAAUGUUUAUUGCUGGUGUGUAUAGAUUGCAUUUUGAGACGGCUCUGUACUGGGAGAGUAUGGGAGAGACCUGUUUUUACCCGUAUGUUGAGAUUGUCUUCACUAUAAUUGACCCAGGCCAAAAGUACCAUGUCCCUCUGCUGCUGAGUCGUUUCUCCUAUAGUACGUACAGAGGGAGCUAGAGAUAAACUGUGAUCAACCUCCUGAGGCUUCCUACCUAUCAGCUGUCUAAAGGAUCACGCAGAGGCCACUCCACCAAAAACAAUCAUCCCAGCACCAGCUGAACUGUCACAGAGCGACAAGACACUGCUCAAUUUGAAUGAUCUUAAUGAUGAAUCAUGAUCAGCAUAACUAAACUAAAGGACCAUAUACUCAGGAAUCAUGAGAACUAUGGUUACAGUGAUCGUGAGUCAUGGUCACUGUAAUUAUUAGGGUACCGAUUUAACACCUAUUUUAAAAUGUUAUUGUAACAUAGGCCUACCACAUUUUAUUAAAACAAUAAAAAA